CGGGCAGCGGGCGGAGCUUGACAAAGUUUUGACAUGCCGUUUCCCUGUAGCUGUACGCAUGGGAACCUAAGAAAUGGAGAAGUGCAAUUGUGAUUCCAGAGGGAAAACUGAAACAGGAAGCUCAGACCUCCCGUAAAUGAGGAAAUAAAUGUUUCCAGUAGCUGUUUAAUUAUGACAUGAAAAGGCAAGGUGUGAAAGUUGACAGACAGUGACUAAUUCAGAGGAAAACAGCAGAUCAUUCAGAAAAAAGCAGAUUCAAUGUCCAGGCUUUCAGACGUAGUUGAGCACUCAUCUGAGACGAGACAGUACAUGUUUAAGGGUGUAGGAACAGGAAGCUUUCACACUAAGGAUGAGAAUGGUGAACUCGCGAGCAAUAAUGAUGGUCUGUUGGAGAACAGCAAAAUUAAGGUUAAUAACAAGCUAACUGAGAGUGAACUGUCGGCUCUUAAUGAUCAUCCAUCGGGCAACGAUAACCCAAAGGGGAACGCUGCCAUUUUCAGCCGGUUGUUUAAAAGAACUAAAACGUGGACGAGACUCCCUGCACAAGAGGAAGAGCCAUCAUUACAACAUGGAGAACUCUCAGCUGGCAAUCACAACAAAACACAAAACAACAACACCACGGAAGAACCAGCAUUGAAAAAUGGUGAUUUUUCAGGCAGUGACAAUCUUGAGGGAAAUUCCUUGUUUAAUUUUCUCAAAACAUUUCCUAGAGGAGCUGAGGAUACUUCUGAAGAGGACAGCCCACCGUUACACAUUAAACUGCUGGCCUGUAAUGACAAUCUAUUAUAUCUCUCCAACAACAACUUAAAGGAUAACUCAGCAAAGCUAAGUGGCACUUUCCGCAGUUCCCCAAAACCAGCAUUACGUUUUCCUGCUGAAACGGACCCGCUAAGUGAGCACAGUGAAUUUACAGACUGGGAUUAUAACUUCUUGGACACUGGCAUUGAAAAGAAAUCUGUACCCAGAAAAUACCAUGACAAGAAACUCUCUAACAGUAAUAACAAAGUUGUGUCAUUUAGAGUGAAGAGAACUCUACCUAGAAUGUCCACAUUUUCAUCUAGUACGCAGGAUUCAGAUCAAGAAGAUAUGAUUGAGGUGCCAAUGGAAAUGCAGCAACUGGGGACAAAUGAGGACUGUACUUUUGAAAUCCUGCCACUGGAGAUGGCUGCCUACCCAACAGAUUUAAAUUCUUUAGAGACAGAUGAGGAUGAUGACCUGAUGGACUGGUGGAAAACUGUUGAGGGUUGGAGUGAAUGGAAUGAAACAGCACAUUUUCAGGAGGACGACGAGGAGCUGGCUGUCGAGGCUGCUGCAGACCGUGUGUUCAGGGCCGCCCGUCUCUUUGUCAGUCUGUUCAACCAGCGUGGGGCAUCUCUGCAACGUCAUAUUUUAGAGUUGCUUGCUCUGGCAGACACUGCUGACAGCUUUCAUAAGAAGACUGUGAGUGCAGCUGUUGGAGGGGGCGUAGCUAGUGUGGCAGGGGGCAUAGCCACCAUUACUGGACUCAUCUUGGCACCCUUCACCUUUGGCACUUCCACUAUCGUCACUGCGGUGGGUAUCAGUGUGGCAACAGCUGGAAGCAUCACCUCAGCCACAGCUAACAUCACCGAUGCGGUUCAAUCCAAGAUGGAUCGCAAGAAGGUGGAGAAGAUGAUCCAAGGCUACCAGAAUGGGAUCAGUGACAUCAGAGAUUGUCUGGAGUUCAUGCAGGAAGGAAUGAACACCCUACAGGAAUGGGAUUUUAAGGGGUACUCUGAGAGUGUGGUCAACACGAGUCUUAGUCGUAACAUAAAGCAUGUGAUGAAGGAAGGUGGACGAGCAGGUAGAGCCCUUAUGAUAAACACAGAUAGGCUUAUCAACACUGUGAAAGUUCUAGGUGUUGCUGGAGGUGCUGCCAAAGCCGCCAAGGCCGUCAGUAUCACCACAGGGGUCAUGUCCACUCUCUUCCUCGCCCUGGAUGUCUUCUUUCUCGCCAAAGACUCCAAUGAACUUAGCAAAGGUGCUAAGACCAAAUUUGCCUCCAAGCUCCGAGAAGUCUGCAAAGAGCUUCAACAUGGCCUACUAGAACUAAACAAAGUGAAGACUCAGCUUCAAAAGACCAUGGAUGGAGUGGAAGAAUAUGAGGAAGAGGAGGAGGAUGAAGACCAUUGUGAGUCAGAUCCUGUUAAACUGGCUCUACUUGAACAAGAAAUAGAUCAGUUGGAGGAGAAACUUGACCAGAAAACUAUGCAGCAGCAAAUGAACCGAAGCAAGAGAGGAGAUGCUGAGAAAGAGAUGCCAAAAAAAGAAAUAAAAUGAGGAGUCAAAGAGAUGAGUGAAUGAUAAAGGGUCUUAUCAGUGAGCCAACAUAUGGAAACAACAAAAGCACUAAAUUGAAAGAUUUGAAACGAAAAAUGGUAAGUGGGAUGGAAUAAAGCAGUUGAAUUGAAAGGACCUGGAAAGAUUUAGAAUAUAGAAAAUAGAAGACUUUACACAGAUGUUAAGGGGCUGAAAACUGAUUAUAAAAGGAAUCUAAUGAGACAGAAAGAAAAGAAGCCUAUAAACACUCAUGUUGUGUUAUUCAGGAAAAUCAAAGAUGAUAUAGUAAGA